GCUCGACCGGUGUUUUCAAACAAUGCUUUCCUGUAGGACGAUGCCUGUGUAUUUUGGUCGAAAAAUCGCAUUUUUUAUCGACGAUCGGUGGUGAGUUUCGCAGAAAAUGAGUGCGGACAUCGAAGGGCAUAUCACGGAGAAAUAUGAAAUCAAAAAGCGCCUGGGAAAGGGGGUAAGUCGCGCAAAUAUUGUCAACAUGUUGUACACGCAACAGUAGCGAGUUGGCUAUUGUCCCAGCUGACUAAAAAGCAACAAUCGCGAAAUUUUGUGUGUUUCUUUAUCACAGGCGUACGGGAUCGUAUGGAAAGCAGUCGAUAGAAAAACAGGCGAAGUUGUAGCGGUAAAGAAAAUAUUUGAUGCGUUUCGAAAUCAAACGGAUGCACAGGUAUAAAAAGCUAUGUAUAUUGACAUCGUUCACAUCGAAAUUGUCCUCGAAUAUUCUCAAUGAAAAAUUCAAAAUAAAUUGAAUUAAUUUUAAAGGUGGAAUAACGUUGCGAAAUAUGUUAAUGUCCCCCUAGAUUUUCACUUCUUGUGUGCAAAAUAUUAAUGCUAAAUCAUUUCUUUUGAUUUUUAGAGAACGUUUAGGGAAAUAUAUUUUCUUCAGGUGAAUUACAAGUUAAACAUUUAAAUUUGACACCUUGUAUUUUUACAGUUUUUUCCAUAUGAAGAAUUUGUGUCAUGUUUAUGGAGUGCAAUCUCAAUAUUUUUAUUUGCUUAGGAAUUCGGUGAUCAUGAAAAUAUAAUAAAGCUAUUAAAUGUAAUCAAAGCCAGCAACGACAAAGAUAUUUACUUAGUAUUUGAAUAUAUGGGUGAGUUGUCACAUCAAUAUGAUACCUGAAAAUUAUUUUUAAAAUUUAUCAAGCCCGCUAUAAAUCCCAAUAUUCUUUAUUAUUUCUUGCAAUAUUGCUAAGCAAAUAUCAUUGAUUGGUCUUUGCUCAGGGGGUUAUAUUUUUAAUAACACAUUAGCUUGCUAAGGUUUAUUUACCAAAACCAACUCAUGAUAUAUCAUGUGAUUUUAUAAAUAAUUAUGACAUAAAAUACAGAUGUCCCAAGUUUGACCUAUGUACCUAAUCUUGUGAGGUUUUAUUCACAAGAAUUGCUGCUAUGCUUGUGGGAUUUAAAUUCUGGUUGAACAUGCUCACUUUGUCAUUUAACAUCCCACAAGCAAAACAGAAAUAUUUUUAUAUAAAAUCUAGACUACAAUUGGUUCACCCUUUAAGUGGCAAUAUGACAUGCCCUAUUCUAUUAUUUUACUCUAUCUAAUGCCAGAUGCCACCCAAUGGGUUAAUAAUGAAUUUGGGAACUUAAAUGAAAACAUCAACAAUUAUAGCACCCUUACUCUAAGACAAAAGGAACUAGCAAAUUAUAUUCCCUUGAGCAUUGUAGUAUACUGUAGUUGUUCAUACUGCUACGUUAUUUACAACAUUUUCUUGGCUUCAUAACCACGUCAACAGUGAACACGUUCUAAGUCGUUUGACUGUUCAAUGUGAUUUCACCGACUUUUGAGAGUAAUGUUCAAAAUAAAGAUAAGUUCUUUCAAGAGGCGAAUGAAGUCUAGUAAUAGUACCAAGUAAUGUGUGCUUUGGCUCGAAUGCAUCAAUGAAAGUACAGUAACUUUGUUUUCUGCCAUUGUAAGUUUCGAAACUCACUAAUCCCAUUCAAGUCUGUUAUUUGGAGCUGUUGGAAUUUUAAAGUUUUCAGAUUUAAUUUACAUUUAUAAUCUACUAUUUAUGCAUGACUUCGAUAAUCAAAACCUCUCCCAUUUUUUGAUGACUUCUUCAUUCUAACUAGUAAGGUACAUCAAUACAACACACGACAAGCAUCAAAACGUACAUUUUAUGUGCCUUCUGCACGAACCAAUUAUGGAAAAUUUAAUAUUAGAUACAUGGGUUCUAAGACUUGGAAUGAGCAAAAAGUGUUUUAUUGAGAAACAUAUUAUUUCUAUGCUUUUAAACUCAUAUUGAUGUUAGACUGUGACUUAAGUUUGUUUUUAUCUUGUAUCUGUAUCUUUUAUUUAUUUAUCAUUGUUUCUAUUUUUCCUCUCAGAGAGUGCCAAACAUAUUAAAUAAUACCAUCUGCUCAUCCCUUGAAAUUUAUAUAUACUGAGUUUAAAUAUCCUGUGCUUUAUCCUUUUUGUUUUAAUAUUGUAAAUAUUCUAACGUCAUUAUGUAUUGUUAUUGGCACAUUGAUUAAAUCUUCUUGUCUUGUCUUGAGUGGAAGAGAGUUAAUUAAUCAGUCCUUCAAUGUUUAUUUUGCAGACACUGAUCUUCAUAAUGUAAUAAGAAAGGGGAAUAUUUUAAAAGACAUCCACAAACGAUAUGUCAUGUAUCAACUAUGUAAAGCCACUCACUAUUUACACUCAGGAAAUGUCAUUCAUCGAGACCAGAAGGUAGAACAGACCACAAUAUCAUUGUGAUAUUAAUUUGAAAGAUUUGCUAUAUUAUAAUUUUUUCUUGUGCAACUAUUGACAUACAUAUAUCUGAAUAUUUGAUUCCUAUUUAGCCAAGUAAUGUUCUGCUGGAUACGGAAUGUUUUUUAAAGGUAACAGUUCAAGAAAUUUCCAAAAAGAUUGCCAACUAAAAUGCAUCAUCUAUUAGCCAUUCCGAAGUUGAUGAGUGGACUCAGGGGAUGAGUGUUAAAAAGUGUCCAAAUUAAGAAAUGAACCUAAUCACUAAAAAGACCACCUCAAAAUUAGUAAGUAUACAAAGAUUGAAGAUGUUUAGAUGAAUAUCCUUCGAAUAAUAAGCUUUCGAAAAUCGUGAUAUUUACUAUGAAAUGUAUUGUAAUAUUUGUUUUUGGGAGGCGCGUCCCAAAAACAAUCUUUUAAUUAAUCAGUAAUUUCACAAUAUUCGAAAGCUUAUUAUUCGAAGGGUAUUCAUGUAAACGUCUUCAAACUUUGUAUACUUACUAAUUUUGAGGUUGUCUUUUUAGUGAUUUGGUUCAUUUCUUAAUUUGGGCACUUUUUAACACUCUCAUCCCCAGUCCACUCAUCAACUUUGGAAUGGCUAAUAUAAAUGAACAGUGUUUGUACCGAGAGGAAUUAUUGGCCAAACUACCUUUUCAGUGCCUUAAUAAAAUUCAUCUAGACAGAUGCUUCUCAAGAUUUAAGAAUGGUCUGGCUAAAGAUAUUGACAGGCAAUAGAUAACAAGACGCUAUCUAUAGAGCGUUAAGUUGCUGGGCUAUAGAUAUACAGCACAUUUAGUUGGUACUACAAUCAUACAUGAUGAAAAACAUGUCUUGAUGGCCAAUUGAAAAGUUGUGAUGUUUCUAUAUUUCAUACGAUUGUUUCUGUGCAUCGCUGUCUUUGUAUUUCUGCCUUUGUCAUGCUAAAAAAAUGUCCUUUUGACCACUUAACAGAUUCAUUUGCAUUAAUACAUCUCCAAAUUCUUGUCUUUAAAUCCACAAGGCUGUUGUACAAAACACAGUUUUCAAAUUCUUCAAUUUUCCUCAAAACAUUGGGCUUGGGCCAUUUUGUGAUGAAAGACAAGCCACUCAUUAAUAUUCCAUUUUGUGGCUGAACCUACUGUAAACCUAUAGUCACCUGGGUACAGGGGUGCCCCAGCGACUAAUUAUUAUCCUUGUUCUAGAUAUGUGACUUUGGCCUGGCCCGCUCAUUGAGCAGCGUAACUCUAGAAUCAGGCGAUCCAAGUCUAACUGAUUAUGUUGCGACAAGAUGGUACAGAGCUCCUGAAAUAUUGCUGGCUUCACCAAAGUAUGGGUCCAGCAUUUGUAGAUCAUUUAAAGAUAAUUGUUGUUUAUGUCAGUAGUAUUAAGUUUUACCAUAUUCUAACCAUUUUUUUCAACUUCAGAUACACAAAAGGCGUUGAUAUGUGGUCACUUGGCUGUAUUCUGGGAGAAAUUCUUUUAGGUACCUUAAGUAUUCUGUUUUACUAGAACUUUAUUUCUCAUUCUGUGACAGUGGGUAAAUUAUUGAUGUUUCUUCACACAUUGAACAUCUUGCUGUUUUCUAGGAAAGCCAUUAUUUCCUGGAACGUCGACAUUGAAUCAAAUUGAAAGAAUAAUGGCUGUCAUUCCACCACCAUCAAGGCAAGGUAAUUAGUCUGGAAAAGCGUCUGACCAACUAGUCAGUCAACCUAGAUCAAACCAACCGAGGCUUAAGUUUAUCAGUUUUGUUGCAGAUAUUGACAGUAUUCAAUCAUCCUACGGUUCAUCAGUCAUUGAACGUAUGUUAAACAAGCCAAGAAAGAGUCUGGAAGAUAUUCUACCAACCGCCCCGAUAGAUGGCCUAGAUUUACUCAGACGACUUUUACAAUUCAAUCCAGACAAGCGACCCACGGCAGAGGAAGUGUUACAUCAUCCCUAUGUCUCGCGGUUUCAUAACUCUGACGAUGAGCCGACCUUAGAUCACGAGGUCCACCCCCCACUCAGUGACGAUCAACAGUUGAGUGUCGAUGAAUACCGCAAGAAAUUAUACGAGGUGCAUAUAAUACAUACAUGCUAAUACAGACACCUCUCUAAUACAGACACCUCUCUAAUACAGAUACCUUUCUAAUACAGACAUCUCUCUAAUACAGACAAAUUUCUAAUACAGACAUCUCCCUAAUACAGACAUCUCUCUAAUACAGACAUCUCUCUAAUACAGGCAUCUCUCUAAUACAGACAUCUCUCUAAUACAGACAUCUCACUAAUACAGACAUCUCUCUAAUACCGACAUCUCUCUAAUACGGACACCACUCUAAUACAGACAUAUGUCUAAUACAGACAUCUCUGUAAUACAGAUACCUCUCUAAUACAGACAUCUCUGUAAUACAGACACCUCUAAUACAGACACCUCUCUAAUACAGACACCUCGCUAAUACAGACACUUCUCUAAUACAGACACCUCUCUAAUAUGAACACCAUUCUAAUACAGACAUAUUUCUAAUACAGACACCUCUAAUACAGACAUCUCUCUAAUACAGACACCUCUCUAAUACAGACAUCUCUCUAAUACAGACAUCUCUCUAAUAUGAACACCAUUCUAAUAUAGACAUAUUUCUAAUACAGACACCUCUAAUACAGACAUCUCUCUAAUACAGACACCUCUCUAAUAUAGACCCCUCUCUAAUACAGACACCUCUCUAAUGCAGACCCCUCUCUAAUAUACGCCCCUCUCUAAUACAGACCCCUCUCUAAUACAGACACCUCUCUAAUACGGACACCUCUCUAAUACAGACACCUCUCUAAUACAGACACCUCUCUAAUACGGACACCUCUCUAAUACGGACACCUCUCUAAUACAGACACCUCUCUAAUACGGACACCUCUCUAAUACAGACACCUCUCUAAUACAGACACCUCUCUAAUACGGACACCUCUCUAAUACAAACACCUCUCUAAUGGUCUAGGACAUAUUGGAGAAAAAAUCACUGCUGCGGAAACAACGAAAGACGGAAAAUGAUCAGACUGUUGAAAACGGAGAGAAAUCGUCAUCAGAGGAAGCUGGCGCUAAGGCAGACGAAGUUCCCACCACUACUAAGCACAGCAGUAAAUACACGAACGGUAGUCUACAGAAAGCGUGGGGCAAGGAAGGUGGGGAGGCACACCAUACCUCUUCACCUCAGAAGGUCGGCUUUGGUAGGACGACGAAAUCACAACCCGCUAGUCAUGAUAAACAACCGCGAGCGAGUUCUGUCAAGGUGUAUAGUAGGAAGCCCGCAGUUGAAGAUGACAAGGUUAGUACUAAAGGAAUACCAAAUGCUUUUCCGAUUUUCCCAUCUUGUGUAUGUACAAUGUUCCCAUCUUGUGUAUGUACAAUGUUCUCGUACGCUUCGCUUUAUGUAGAUUCCACUCCAUACGGCCAACAAGGAAGCAGCCUUUUUCAAAGCUUGAAACAAAUUCUUGCGAGGUGACAAAUAUCUUCAACAUAGCAUUCUUGGAGAGUUAAAUAAACAUAUACGAGUAUUCCCCUCCGUACGGCCAACAAGGAAGCAGCCUUUUUGAAAGCUUGAAACAAAUUCUUCAACAUAUUCUUGGAGAAUUAAAUAAACAUACGAGUGUAUUUCUUCUCGAAUUGAUGGCCAGCAAACUCUUUCUAAACCAUUUUGCAAAAACCUCUUUUUUCUUUAAAUCUUUCCUUCGCAGUAAAGUUGUGUAUCUGUGAUAAACUAUCCUUGUUAGCAUAAACCUGAAACUUUCAUCAAAAGCUAGCAGAGUGAGUAGCCUUGGUACUAUAUAAAGGAAUACCAAAUAGUUUUUCGUGCAGGAUAGCGUCAUCCAUGCACGUGGGAUGUUGCAAGACUUUCGGAAAGCGUAACACACGGGUAUUGACCAAUCAAAUGGCGUGUUUCACUGUAGUUACAGUAUUAUAUAAUACUUUUUCCAGUGAAUGUUUGCGUCGGAUCGAGAAACCCUCUAGGGAGCCCGGGAGCUUAGUUCUCAGGAUUUUCUUAAUUGUCUCUGAGAGAAUGUCGUCUGUAUUCUCAGAUAUGUUUUCUACAAGGGUAAAGCUCUGUGUGGCGAUGGUAACGUGUUAUUCUUACAUUCUUUCCACGUUUCUUUUAGGCAUUUCCGGGCGCUUCACGUGCAGUUCCGAACAGAAGCCGACCAAUCUCGGCACAAGUUAAACAUGCGACAAUCACACGCGGUACAACACAGCCUCAGGCAUCCGGACAGCAAGCGUCUGGACUGAGCGUCACCAGCGCUAGAGUGGUAAGUUGUCAUGGUUUGUUUGAAUGCAGCUGAGAUCACAAGAUCAGGCCUUGGUCAGCGAAACCCGUCUGACAAAAUGUUCGAUGGGUCGCCGGACAUAUGUAUUGUGACGUCCGAUGACUUUGAGUUCAGUUUGGCUUGGAAAUAAGUAUGAAUGAAGACACAAAUUAAUAUCAGCACAAUUUGGAAAAGUCAUAUGAAUCUUGGCAAUGAAUUUCCAAACCCCACGGUGAAAAAACUCCACACUUGAUUACAGGGCCUCCGUUGAUACCAGUGUUUUUACACUGAAGGAAUUACCGGGUGUAAAUAAAAUUAUCUAUCUAUCUAUUACACAUUUCCAGUUCACUUUUUAUACAUUACUCUGAUUCUCCAUUGAACACACGAGCCUCCAGUCCUUAGCCUGCGCGCAGACUAUAUGACAUAUGUCAUUAUAUAGUCUGCGCGCAGGCUACCUGGACUAGGGUAGGACGUUGGACAAAGUUUGGUCGGACACCAAUUCAACUCGGGUCGGACAAACAAUAAACGUCAGUUUCACUUAGGUCGGACAGAAUGUCCAGUGGUUUCCUCUCUACGUCGGACAAUUUCACGAAUGGGUCGGACAAUGUCUGUGACCGAUAUUUUAAGGCUUGAAGAAUUUAUCAAGAAGUUAUCUUUAAAAUAAUAAUCUGUCCACAUUUUCCUCGUUAGAUCCCAGGACAACGUCCUUCAUCCACAAAGGCCGCGUACAAGCCUGGGCGACGACAGAUAAACAAUCCAGCGGCCGGUAAGGAAAGCAUCAAAAACUUCACGCAAGACCAUGGAACAAUCGAUAAAAGCGCAUUGGACAAUCUAAAGCGAUGGUAGCAUGUGAUUGGCUGAUAUGUGGUAGUCCUACCAUUUGAUUGGCUGAUGUAUGCUAAUGCUACCAUUUCAUUGGCCGGUAUGUGGUAUUCCUCGCAUACGAUUGGCUGAAAUGGACGCCAUAUGCGUGAGUGGCUGAAAUGUGGUGUCGGAUUGCUAUUGGCCGAGAUCUAAUGACGUUCGCUGGACGAACGGUCACAUUGCCAUUCAACAACAAAAAAAUUAAAAUAUUUGCUACUCAGAGCGACAAUACACAUAUAAAACACCGAGAUUAACACCAGGAACUUUUAUUUUCGACUUUUUAAACAACAUUUGGGUGGAUUUACACCUUGACUUCACCACUAGCCUUCGUACGUACGGACCUCGGGAAAAUGGUCUUUAUUUGGACGAAUUUGAAUUGAAUAUUUAAUUAUUAAUAUUAAGAAUAUUAAUAUAUAAUGAGAGGAAAGUAAUUUAUGGUACUAAACUGUACGAAAUAUUUGGUAAAUAUAGAAUUUUUUUUUAGAAUCUCAAGAUAGGUUAAGUGUUAGGGCUAGAAUAACGAUAUGCCUGUAUGAUAUUGGUAAAACCCUUGACAGACCGAGAAUUUAAGUUGGUUUGCGAAGUUAGCUAAAAGGCUGAAAUAUUUUUGCGCACCAAUAGACCUUUCCCAUUUUGAGUGAAAUUUUGAUCUAGACAAGUCUGGGCAAAAAUUUCAUCACAGCUUGAAAGAGCAUCACAAAAUUAGUAAUAUUCCGAAGUUUCGUUGCGAAAUGUUGUAAAAUUCGGAUAAUAUAGCCUUGCGAAGUUUGCCGUUUUUCAGUCAUUUAAAGUUCUCGGCAUUUUUGUUGUGUCGCUAUAUUUCCACUUUAAAAUAGUAAUAUUGAAGCAUAAACUGGUCUAAUUGUUUUAAAAACAUGCCUAAGCCACGACAAAGUAUUCAAGGUAAAUGUUUUUCGUCUUUGUUUUGUAUUUUUUUUUUACAUUUGUAGCUACGAAAUUGGCGUCCCCAAUUUUAACGAAAUUUGGGAUACAUUUUUCCCUGUUUAGUGCUUGAAAUAUUUGCUAAGAUUGACUGGGAAUACUUAGAGAUUUCAUCGCGUAGAAUGGCGUAGUUAUAUUCACUUGCUCUUUGACUAAAUGUUUAGGUGUAUUAUUGCUAAACAUGCCGUUUUUGAGAAUUUGGUUUGCAACUAGGUUUCAACAUCCAAUCACCUCCGUACGGCCAACAAGGAAGCAGCCUCUUUGAAAGCUUGAAACAAAUUCUUGCGUGACAAAUAUCCUCAACAUAUCAUUCUUGGAGAAUUAAAAUAAACAUAUGAGUGUAUUUCUUCUCAAAUUAAUGGCCAGCAAACUCUUUCUAAACCAUUUUGCAAAAAUCUCUUUUCUGUUCUUCUUUCCUUCACAGUAAAUUUGUAUAUCUGUGAUAAAAUUUCAGUUUUGUGCCACAAAACUGAAAUUUUCAUCAAAAAUGUGACAAAAAGUUCAAAAGAAUAGCUCUUCUUUCUUUCUUUUAAAUAUGUACAAAUAUUUAUCCCCUUUUUCCUCUUUUUUUUGUAUUCUCUUUUUUUUGUACAAAUAUUCUGUUCUCUUAAAUCUUUCUAGCGACAUCGUAACUGUUUGUACUGCUUGGAUUUAAGAAAUCUCGGUAAACAAUCUCUUUUCAUCAAGUAAUAUAUCUGUUCUUGUGCUGGUUGGAAGGUCGUUAUUGAUGGAUGUUCCAUGUUCAUUUCCACUGUAUUUCUCGUUUUUGAAUCUAUGCUGAUCUGAUAAAACGUGAAAAUAGUUCAAUUUCUUUAUACACAGUAUAGAGUAUAGAGUAUAGAUGUUAGAAGGGUCAAGAUAUACGACUGUUCCGAUGUACGGGUAACGCCAAUAUCUGUUUGGCAACUUUUGCUAAUCACACUUUUUCUGCUUUGUCAUGAUAUAGCCAAUAGACCUUUCCCCUUUUGAGUGAAAUUUUGAUCUAGACAAGUCUGGACAAAAAUUUCAUCACAGCUUGAAAGA